AUGUCAGCUAUAUCUCUGCCAUUUGGACCAGGCUUUUGUGGUACACACAACAUACGAACUUUUCGGUUCAACAUACCGUGGAUUGUGAAAAUUACGGAGCGUACGACCAGUACGGAGGCACACGCUCUACGUUACCUCCACUCGACAGGCAUCGAUAUUCCGAUACCUCGCCUCGUCUUCUCCUGCGUUCACCGCGGCACCACAUACACUGUCAUGACCCGUAUUCCGGGCACGCGCAUGUGGGACACAAAGCUGCCAGUCGACGCCGUAGAGGCUAUCGCCGACGAGGUCUCGGUCGUUCUCAGUAAGCUGCAGACAUUACGACAGUCACCCGCUGAAGCAGGGAAAGUCAAAAUGAGUGCCUCCGGGCACGACCUUCCCGACGCCACCCACUUCUUUGAGGCGAGAACUGGGCCUUACUCUUCCGUCCUUGAAUUGGUCGUUCAUAGUGGCAGCUAUCGUGACGAAGAGGAGAUGCGAAGUGACCUCGACCCCGCCAUAAUUGAAGUAAUGACAGCAGACCCUAUCAGAUACGUCCACCCUGACCUGCGUACGUACAAUAUUAUGGUACAUGACGGCCAUCUCUCUGGAAUUAUCGACUGGGAAGACUCUGGCUGGUAUCCGUCCUCAUGGCAGGUUCACACGAUGCGAUUUGCACGUAGUGGUUGCAAUGGACCGUGGCUGCAGUACUGGCGAAGCCUUCAGGGCAUGCACAGCGUAAUAAGACUAUGCGACGACCUUACAUGUACUGCCUGUAUUGUUGCUGUGCCACGGUGCAACGUUCGAGCACCGUCGGACUCGGACCGUGAUUGCGAGUCGGAGCUCGUACUCCCAUAUAGCCGCAGCUUAGGAUCUUCAUAUGCACAGCUAAGGCGAGGUAUCCUCAACCCUCACGAUAUCGACUAUGGAUCUCCUCCCCGUCGAGACCUAGCAGACCGUUCUCCGCUACGCUUGUAUCGACGGCUGGAUCGCUCGCGAUCACUUCGUGAAGCUCUCGAGGAUGACUCAACUCCUUUUCUUUCUGCGAUUCCUGGAAACAGAGACAGAGAAAGAAAGGGAUAUUGCUCUGGUGCGCAUGCUUCAAGCGACCACGACCACGUUGCGAUCCUGUUCCUGGAUCUUUCAAACAGACGGGACUACCCCCUCUCCGUCUCCCUUCCUGCGUUGCGGGAACUUGGAAUCAUCGUAGCGUUGACCCUAGACAGAAUCGCGCGCGCUCUGGGUAUUCUCAACUCGCCGGACGCCCAGCGCGUACAGAUUCCUGCAACCGUCACCCACGUCUACAUGAAACCCCACAAAUUCCGCCAUGUGUACAGGGAGAUCUCAACCGUCAGGAAUCUCGCUGCGCGGGACGGAAGCGCUGGUGCUGCACCGACCGAUGUGUUGGAUCCCUACGCGAAUUGGUCGGCAGCGGUUCAGGGACGAGAAGGGAUGUGGGCGCAUGCGGUAUUACUUGCUUUGAAGUAG